AUGCAAAUGGCCGAUUGCAAGAUUCGCAAUUUACUUCGACUGAUGAAAGAAAAGAAUGUUUUCAAACUUGACCAAAACGAAGGUUUCCUACUCAAAAGUGGCUUGCGUUCGCCCAUUUAUAUUGAUCUACGCGAAUGUUUUGGUUAUGCCGAUGUCAUGAAGCUUGCCUACAGCUGCUUCGCUGAAAUGAUCGUCAAAACAAAUGAGAAUUUUGAUGGAAUUGUCGGAGUUCCAUAUGCUGCAUUACCCUAUUCAACAACGGUUGCACAUCAGCUCGGCAAGCCAUUCAUAAUCAUUAGAAAGGAAGCGAAAAGUUAUGGUACAAAGAAGUUGAUUGAAGGGCUUUACCAAGCAGGUCAAACUGUGGUGAUUAUUGAAGAUGUAGUAACAACAGGAGGAAGCAUUCUGGAUGUUGUGAAAAUUAUUCGCGAAGAAGGAUUAAUUGUGAAAGACGUCUUUUGUUUGCUUGAUCGACAACAGGGAGGAGCAGAAAGAUUGAAGGACGACGGAAUUACUUUACAUAGCCUCUUCAACAUUGAGCUGAUUCUUUCAUUUUUGUUGGGUGUAAGUGCCAUUAACGACGAGCAACUACAGCAGAUCAUCACAGCGUUGAGUCUUCCUUUUAAGACGGUACCAAAAUGCGAUAUUGGAAUGCAGCUCGAGACGUUGAAUACAAACGGGAAAUCUCAUUCAAGAAAAAUUAUGGGCAAUCGUUUGCCACUAGCUGAUCGAUUGAACAAAACGAACAACCCACUUAAUCAACAAAUUUUUGCAUUGAUGAUAAAAAAGAAGAGCAAUCUUUGCUUGGCAACCGACUUCCAGAAAACUGUGGACGUUCUACAGCUUGCUGAGGCUGCCGGUCCGUCAAUUAUUGCCUUGAAGAUUCAUGCGGAUAUUAUUGUUGAUUUUAACCAAGAUUUUACGGUUAAACUUCGACAGAUCGCUUCGAAACAUGAUUUCCUGCUUUUUGAAGACAGAAAAUUUGCUGACAUUGGAAAUGUUAUUGAUUUGCAAUUAAAGGGAUUUCACAAUAUCUGCGAUUGGGCUGAUAUGGUUACUUGCCAUGCUGUUCAGGGGAGCGAGAGCAUCAUUUCUUCUUUUAAAAAGUACGUAUCAUCUGAUGCUUCGCAAAUUAAAGGAAUCCUUUUGAUUGCCGAACUCAGCGCCAAAGGGUCUUUAACGACGCCUGAUUAUGCCGAAAAAGCCAUAUCCGUGGGCGAAGAGAAUUCUGAUGUCGUUUCGGGUUUUAUUUGCCAGACGCAAGCCAGUAAUCAUCCAGGAAUGCUCAACUGGACUCCCGGUGUUAAUGAAAGCAAACAGCAAGACGGCAAAGGCCAACAAUGGAGGACUAUUGAGAAGGCAAUAGUCGAACAGGGAAAUGAUAUCAUCAUAUUAGGACGAGCUAUCACGGAGAAUUCAAAUCCAGCUCAGGAGCUCGAAAGAUACCAAGUAGCAGCCUGGAAAGCCCUCACCGGAGAAAGUCAA